CGGGCCCCCGGCGGCUGGCGGCUCCAGAAGCUGGUAGUCGCGCGCGAGCUCCCCCAAGAUGGCGGUGGCUAGAGAUGCCUGUGGCUUAGGAGAACUCUCCUUAGGAGGGAACGGCCGGCGGCUCCACCUGGGGAUUCCUGAGGCCGUGUUUGUGGAAGAUGUGGAUUCCUACAUGAAACAGCCUGGGAAUGAGACUGUGGAUACAGUGCUAAAGAAGUUGGAUGAACAGUACCAGAAGUAUAAGUUUAUGGAACUCAACCUUGCUCAAAAGAAAAGGAGGCUAAAGGGUCAGAUUCCCGAAAUUAAGCAGACUUUAGAAAUUCUGAAAUACAUGCAGAAGAAGAAAGAGUCCACCAAUUCAAUGGAGACCAGGUUCUUACUGGCAGAUAACCUGUACUGCAAAGCUUCAGUUCCUCCUACCGAUAAAGUGUGUCUGUGGUUGGGGGCUAACGUAAUGCUUGAAUAUGAUAUCGACGAAGCUCAGGCAUUGUUGGAAAAGAAUUUAACAACUGCCACAAAGAACCUGGAUUCUCUUGAGGAAGACCUUGACUUUCUUCGAGAUCAGUUUACUACCACUGAAGUCAAUAUGGCCAGGGUUUAUAAUUGGGACGUAAAAAGAAGAAACAAAGAUGAUUCCGCCAAGAACAAAGCAUAAUUCUCUCAAUGAAAAAUGUGGUUCAUUUUUCCAAACAUGUUCUUUUAAAUAUUCCAAAGUUUAUUCUUAAAAGUUGACAUUAGUUUGAAUGUUUUUU